CCAUCACUUAAUAUUUCUAAAAAUUGCUACUUUAUUUUUCCUCAUAUUGACUUUCUUCUUGAAUUAGUAGUAUUGUUUUAACAUUUUUCUUUUAAUUUUCAACACUUUUUUUUGUAAAUUGUCUUAUAAUAUUCUGAAUUUAUUCACAUAUUAUUUUUGACUUAAUUCUUGUAAUAUUCGAACUUUUUCCAUAACUUAAUAUUUCUAAAAAAUGCUACUUUUUUAUUUUUCCUCAUAAUAUUUACAACAUAAAAUUCAGACAUUUUCUCAUUAGAUUACAAUGUUUUUCUUCAUAUUUUUGACUUUAUCCUACCGGCGUCAAGCCAGUGGUUCGACCCCAAAGCAGCGACGACAACAAUGGUUCAUGAAGGCCUGAUUCCAAUUACUCCCAGGUGUGCUCAGGUGGCUCCGCCCCCUUCAUGACCAGCAGUGCACUCCAAUACAGAGCAGAUAGGUGGCAGCAGAACAUGACAGCGGGCCACAAAUGGCCCCCGGGUUGCAGUGUGUUCACCCCUAAAGUAGCUGAAAGGUAAGUAGAAUUUUGUAACAAGCAUAAACGUGUACCACUUCUAUUACUACAAUUUUCCGUUGAAAUACUGAAUUAACAUGAAGUUAUUUUGGACUAAGGUUGUAAGACAACAGAAUGUGGGUACUGAGUGAAUACUUUCCAGAUGUAGAGUACAUCGUGUAUACAUUCAAUGCAUUGGGAAAUACUAUGUAUGGUGUAUGGAAUGUUUCUUGUGCUGUCUUGUCAUUGCUGUGUUGAUCAGAUGUUGGCUGCGACUGGACCUGAUUCAAUGCUGUGACGCAGAUAAGACCCCCCCCCCUCUUCACACACAUUCCUUUUCUUGCACCCCCCACCUCCCACUACCAUUACUUGUCACUGUUUUUUUUUUCCAUGUACCACUUUCUGCCCUUGUUUCUUGUUCAGUGUGCACUAAAAUCUGAUACGGAUUUGAGUUUUUAGGUAGAAGGAACUGGAUUUUUUAUUGUGUUUCAGAGAGUAGAAUUCCACUUUUUACAGAAAAAAAAAUCUAAAAAUGCAAUGCAGUAUGGUGUAGUUUUAAAUAGUACAUACCCCGUUGUGGAAUGUACACAAUGCAGCUAAAAAUGAUUACGCCUUCACUUUUUAAAGUCGUUUUUCAAUUCUGUUAGUUAUCUAUUAUUAUUAGUUAUUAUUAGUCUGUUAGUUAUCUAUAAGUAUUUUGUACAUGGCUGCAUUUGAGCCCUUUAGGGCCCUUUAAAAAUGUAGUUAUAACCCCCCCCCCCUCCCCAAACGUUAUAGCUAAACUUCACUCAUGGAAAUUCCCUUAUAUAAUGUUAUAUUAUAUAAUGUUAUGCCCUUUUUGUUUUAUAAUAACCCCUGAUUUUUUUUUUACCAAUGAGAAAAUAAUGCUUUAUUUUACAAAAAAAAUUAUUUGGGGGGGGAAAACACUUUUACCCUGAGGUCCCCCUCAUAAAUAUAGUAUAUUAUAAUAAUAUUAAUAUAAUAUAUAUAAUAUAAUAGGGAGUGUGAAUGGUUGUUUGUCUAUAUGUGCCCUGUGAUUGGCUGGCCACCAGUCCAGGGUGUACCCCACUUCUCGCCCGAAGACAGCUGGGAUAGGCUCCAGCACCCCCCGCGACCCUCGUGAGGAAAAAGCGGUAGAAAAUGAAUGAAUAUAAUAUAAUAAUAUUAUAUUUAUAUAAUAUAAUAAUAUAUUCUAUUAAUAUAAUAUAUAUAAUAUUAUAUUAUAAUAAAAAAGACAAUACAGUUCGUACUUUGUCCUUUUGAAUUCCUGAUAUUUCAGAUUACAGAUUUAAAUGUAAUUUAAACGUGCCUGAGCGGAAGCGGGUUUUAUUUUGAAAGAGCGUAGCGGAAGUUGUUACAUGCUUUACACGGGAAUGCCCUCGUCCCCUCUGCUGCUGCUGCUGCUGCCGCUUGUAUUGGAGAGGAGAGUCUCCUUUAACAAACCAUAUCGCGUCACCGGGAUGCGGCUGCUAGCCGGUCUUCUUCUCUUCUCACCUCCACCACAAGUCCGCCUAAUUUAGAUGAUGACGGUGCCGGCCCACCAGCGUUUCCUGAUCUUGUUCGACUUUGACGAGACCAUCAUUAACGAGAAUAGCGACGAUGCCGUCUUGCAGGCUCUGCCGGAUCAGCAGCUUCCCGAUUGGCUGAAGAACAGCUACCGCGAGGGCCACUACAGUGAAUACUCGCAGCAGAUUCUGGCCUACAUGUCUGAACAGGGUGUGUCCCCCGACGCCAUCCACUCGGCGGUGGAGAGGAUCCCACCCACUCCGGGCCUCCUCAACCUCCUGCAGUUCCUGCAAAGCCACCAGCAAGACUUUGAGCUAGCGGUGGUCUCGGAUGCUAACACGUACUUCAUCGAGACGUGGCUGAAGCACGCGGGGGUGCGCCACCUCUUCAGGAGGAUCUUCACCAAUCCGGCGAGCUUCAACGCCGUCGGCCGUCUCGUGCUACAGCCUUUCCACGCCCACUCGUGCCCCCGUUGCCCUGACAACAUGUGCAAGCAGGUCAUCCUCAGAGAAUACCUGGCUCUCCGUCAAAAGGAACGCGACGGUUACGCUUUCCAAAGGGUCUUUUACAUUGGCGAUGGCGCCAAUGACGUGUGCCCCUCCAUGGCCUUGGGGCCCCGGGACACGGCCUUCCCCAGGAGAGACUUCCCCAUGCAUAGGCUGCUGGUGGACCACUCACAGGAAGGCAAGUUGAAGGCCAACAUGGUAGCUUGGAGCAGAGGCCAGGAUGUCGUGGACUAUUUAAAGAAAAUCAUGGAGGAGAGAUGAUGACGAUGAAGAAGAAGAAAACGUGACAAAAAGGUGCUCUCAUCUCCCAAGAUAUCGUAUUAAGAUAUCCUGUGGUGGAACCAUUUUAAUCACUGAGACGUUGCUAACUAUUGCUAUUGCUAACCUAGACUACCGCAUUCAUUGCACAGUUUCAAACUCCGCCAAGCAACUAUCUCUCGAAAUAUUAAUAUUUUAUUUAAUAUUAAAUGCAGAAAAUCUGCAAUCAAUAGCAAUAGUAGUGUUUACCACUGUUUGUUAGCCAGCAAAGCUACUUCAAGUUCGUACGACAUAGUCAUGCUAUUUUUCCCCCCCUACUGGGGGAAUGGUUUGACCGUGUCAAACAUCAGAAAAAGAAAAUAUUUUUUCUCGCAAAAGUGGAAAAAAUAGUAAUCUGUCCAUUUGUUAGCAAACUAGCUAAUUCCUGGUUUACAGACGAUGGCGGGAAAAAAAAUUAUGUAACGUAAUUGUGUCUAUUGCGACUUAGUCAACACAAUGAAAAGAUAUAAUAUUUAAUGUAAUAAGUGGCAAAAUUGUAAGGCAUCUUUCGUAUACCGUUAUCUAUUACUGUUGUAUAAUUAUAUUAUAUUUUAUUAAUAAUUCAAUUAAUAUAAAAUCUAUUUAAUCCUUUUUUAAACCUAUUUAAACCUAUUUAAUAUAUUAAAUAAUUAUUAUUAAUAAAAUGAAUAAAUCCUAAUAAUAUAAUAUAUUUACAUAAAUACACAAAUAAUAUUAAUCUGUUAAUAGUAAUAAAAUAUUAACUGAAAAGUUUAAUUAAAAUUUAAAGUAGCCUGUUUUUCUUUAAUUAAAAAUACUUUGAAAAAUAAUAUUAUGCAUAUAUAUUAUAUAUAUAUAUAUUAUCAUAAUAUAUUAUAUGAUUCAUAUAUUUUUUUUAUAAUUUUAUGAUUAUUAUAUAAAAUAUUUAAUGUUAAUUCAAUUAUUUUUUUGUAUUAUUAUCAUUUUUAAACUAAAGAUAAACCUGCUACUUCCUGGUUCAUGGGAAAUAAUUACAAAUAUUUAUUUGCAAAGUGAAAAAAUAUGUGUAUUUACAUUUCCUAGCUAGUGGGCUACUUCCUGGUUCACGAAAAAUAAUAUUAGACAUUAGAAUAGAAGAACUGGUGUGUGCUAUUUUUCAUUCUGUUCACAAAGUGUGAAAGUUCACAUUUAAUAACACGCCACCCAAAUUAUGAAACAGACACACAGGGAAAAUAAUCACUUUUUUUUCUAAUUAUCUGAUCAAUCCCAUAAAGCAAUCAAUCACGUCUUUAUCUCAACAAGAUUAGUCCAGAACAAAACAUCUUGUAGCUGUGAGGACCGUUUCAACUCAAGAUAGACGUCCGUCUGUGUCUCCUUUAAGAGAGAUCAGAUGUUGCCUUUGAGGUCAGGUGACACCGUCACUGAUACCUAAUCUAAAACUAAUCUAGGACUUUGAUACAAGUGUAAUCUACACCACGCUAGUGCACGCAAACACUAGUGUUUGCACUUUGCCCACCGGGACUAAUAUGCUAACUAACACGUGUGCAGUAUUUAACAAGUAGUUUUCCAAAGUAUUGCAAUACUAUGAAUAAUAUAUGUGUUUAAUAUAGUGUAUUUCUACACUACAAAUGUAGUACCUGUUGAAAUAAUUACUCCCCUAGUGUACAUCAUAAUGCACUUUAAUCUGCUGAACAUGAGUCCUAAUUAAUGAAUAUAUGAGGUAUUUUUUUUAGGAGUAUUGUUUAACACCCUAAAUUCAACUCUAAUGUGCAAUAAUUACUGCAAUAUAAUGUAACAAAAGUAUGGAUAAAUAAGGGAAUAUAUUUGUAUGGGAUGUGCAACUCAUAUUUGAUUGAAUUUGCUGCAUUUUGAAUAGUAAAUUGUGUGUACAAUGCAGGUAUAAGGUAUAAGAGGAAUAUAAAGCCAUCAUGUCACCAAUUGGUUCCUGGGACUGUUUGUUCUUAGAUUCAUUUGAAGUCCCUCAGGGUAUCCUUGUUGGUUAAAUGAUGGGAUUGCGAGGUAAGUAUUUGGUAGAUGUUGCCGUGGCUUCCUCAAAGCCGGAGUAAAAUGUGUGCUUGGGUUGGACGUGACUCUUGUGGUUUGGACAGAUAAGGAUAGAAGACAACACUGGGUCUGCAUGAUAAAACACUGGA